UUUGCUAGCUUUAACCGUUGCACCACUCCCAGACACUGUCGACGUUAGGGUCCUCCUCCUGCCUCUUUAAACUGCCUCCACCGCCGAACCGACGACAUUUUUGGGGGUUCGGUCUUGAGCAUCUCAUUCCAACACACCCGUACCUCCCCGCGUUUCGGAUGAUAUUUCUUUCUUUUGGCGGAACGUCUGGAACAUUGACACACAGACGGAGCUGUGUUGGCUAGUGUUGGGUGGUUGGAUAAAAACAGCAGGGUAUCCGGCCCCGGGAGCUCCGGAGAUCCGGCUGGAAACGAGGGAAUUCACCAUUUUCAGGCCGUGCACUGCCCCGCUAUGGAGAAGAUGAAGAGGAUAAAGAGGCGUCUGUCGUUAACACUCCGCCCCAGUCUGACCAUCGACGAGUCACUGUCUGAACUAGCUGAGCAGAUGACCAUAGAGGAUGGCGGCACCAAGGAUAAUGAGCCCUUCAUGAGGAACGGUCGGCCCCCCACCUCUCACAGCAUGCACUCCUUUCUGCACCAGUACACCGGCUCCUUCAAGAAACCGCCCUUGCGUCGGCCGCACAGUGUCAUUGGUGGAACUCUUGGGUCCUUCAUGGCCAUGCCACGCAACGGCAGCCGCCUGGACAUUGUUCACGAGAACCUGAAAAUGGGAUCUGAUGGAGAGAGUGACCAGGCAUCAGGAACGUCAUCAGAUGAGGUUCAGUCCCCGACCGGCGUCUGUCUGAGGAACAGAAUUCACCGACGGAUCUCCAUGGAGGACCUCAACAAGCGCCUGUCUUUGCCUGCUGACAUCCGUAUUCCCGACGGCUACCUGGAGAAGCUGCAGCUCAGCAGCCCGCCCUUUGACCAGCCGCUCAGCCGACGCUCCCGCCGAGCCUCGCUGUCUGAGAUCGGUUUUGGGAAGUUGGAGACGUACAUUAAACUGGACAAGCUGGGAGAGGGAACCUACGCCACAGUGUUUAAGGGACGCAGUAAGCUGACUGACAACCUGGUGGCACUGAAGGAGAUCCGUCUGGAGCACGAGGAAGGAGCUCCGUGCACGGCCAUCAGAGAAGUGUCACUACUGAAGGACUUGAAACACGCCAACAUUGUGACGUUACAUGACAUUGUCCACACUGACAAGAGCCUCACACUGGUCUUUGAGUACCUGGAUAAAGAUCUGAAGCAGUACAUGGAUGACUGUGGAAACAUCAUGAGCAUGCACAAUGUGAAGAUCUUCCUGUUCCAGAUUUUGCGAGGGCUGUCAUAUUGUCACAAAAGGAAAGUUCUUCACAGAGACCUGAAGCCACAGAAUCUUCUCAUCAAUGAGCGAGGAGAGCUCAAACUAGCUGAUUUUGGCCUAGCGAGGGCCAAGUCUGUCCCAACUAAAACCUAUUCCAAUGAGGUGGUGACUCUCUGGUACCGGCCUCCUGAUGUUCUGCUGGGAUCGUCGGAGUACUCGACACAGAUCGACAUGUGGGGUGUGGGCUGUAUAUUCUAUGAGAUGGCUGCAGGUCGGCCUUUGUUCCCAGGCUCCACUGUGGAGGAUGAGCUCCACCUCAUUUUCAGACUACUGGGCACGCCCGCGGAGGAGAACUGGCCGGGAAUCUCCUCCAUUGAAGAGUUUAAAUCAUACAACUUCCCCAAAUACAAGCCACAGCCCCUGAUCAACCACGCCCCAAGGUUGGACGGUGAAGGCAUCGAGCUGCUCCUGGCUUUCCUCAAAUAUCAGUCUAAAGCGAGAGUUUCAGCUGAUGAAGCGAUGAAACAUUCCUACUUCAGGCAGCUUGGGAUGAGAGUCCACACACUGCCUGAGAGCAUAUCGAUAUUUACGUUAAAAGAAGUGCAGCUGCAGAGAGACCCUGGUUACAGGAACUCCUCGUACCCAGAGUCAGGUAACAGCAGCAUCAACAGAAGGCAAAGCAUGCUCUUCUAGUGUUUUCUGGAGAGGACGGUCAGGUGACCAGCUUCAACUUCACCUCCAAGCAGCAUCUCGCAUGAGCCCACCUUCCCUUGGAGUGUCACACACACGCACACACACACGCACGCACGCACGCACGCACACACACAUACAUACACACACACACACGUUUGAAGACUGUUUAUUUAUUGGGGGUGAGGUUGGAUUACUUUGCUGCUAAAAUACUACUGUUUUUAUGUGACACACCGUGUGUGUGUGUGUGUCUGUGUGUUUUAGUGUACAUGAUAUGAACUCAAGACGCCAUGCACAGUUGUUACUGUUCUGUUUUUGACUUUAAUUAUUCGGCUUCUUUUGAGUCCAACUGACGUUGACGCUGUGAUGAAGAUGUUCUCGUAGUUCUGCUCUGAGACAAAAGUUUAAAAUCCUUCAGUCUUUUUAAAAAGUGUAUAUAUCUAUACAGUGAUAUAUAUAUAUUUGUAGAUAUAUAAAUAUAUUUGAAGAUGUUUUUUUCUUCAAGCUUCCGUGACUGAACUUCACAACAUUUCCACAUUUAAAGAACUACAACACUAGACCACGUUGGGUCUGUGACACUGAUGGAUCAAAUAUUUCAGAUGGACUUUUGUUUUUGUACGACGACCUGCUGCCGUUGAGGUUUACACUGAAAGUCCGACAUUGUUGGCUGAGAGCUAAACGAAGCAAACAGCCCCAUUAACGUCAGAAUGUCAAACUUAUGUUUUUUAAAUUCAGGCUGGCUCAUCAUUGGGACCAAAAACAAGGGGUGUGUGUGUGGGAGGAGUAACUGUUGGGAAAACUACUGGAGAGCUGGAAGGAAAGCUCAAUAGGAAGUUAUGUGACGUCCCACAGGAAGCCAGCUAACCCUCCUAAAGCCUCUCCGAACUGCCAGGACUAAUCGUUGCUUUUCUUGCUCUGUGUGCCGUCAGAAGCCUCCCCACAGGAACUCCUCAUCUCCAACUUGCUCUCCAGCAUGUUCCUUUCAUUUUUGUUCUUCUUAUUUUGAAUCAGGGUCUCGGGCCUAAACAUGGCCAAGUUCAACCAACAGUAUUAAAGUGUGGGCUCUGUCUGACCUUUGACCCCUCCUUGUGAAACAAAAGUGGCAUGUUUUUUUUUCCUGAGUCAGGGAAGGGGUGAGCACUGCUCUCCAGGAAAUUCACAGGUUUUAGAUUGAACUGCCAGCUAUGUUGUUUGAACCAGGAAAAGAUGUUGCAUAUUUUAAAUCUGCAGCGAUAAGAAAACCUCCUUGAAUCUAUACUAUAAGAAUCUGUUGGUGUGUUUUGCAUUCGUGGCAUUAUUUAGUGAAGUCUUUUCCUGCAGUUUUGUGAAUUCUAAAAAUAUUUUGUUUUAUUUGGAACAUCUGAAUAUUUUUAGAAUUUUGACGCCGUUCUCAAAUCUAAACAUGAAGCCACAUGGAUUUAUUGCGAGUUUUACAACAACUAAUAUUUUAUGUAUUUGCUCUAAUUUGUAUUUCGUCAUUGCUCAUUUUUUGUUCUAAAUGCAACUAAUUUAGUCUCACAUCAGCAUGACUUAGCACAACAGCUAUAAUUUAACUUUAAAUCUAGCAAACACAAAUCCACCAUUAAAGAAGCAAAGUGAGAAUCUGUGUAAAUGUGAGCUCUAAAAGGAUUUCAGGGAGGUUUUCUUGCUGCGGUAGCUCUUUUCUGGCUCAGCAUCAGAAUGAAAAUAGUUUUGUCUGCUGCUGAAAGGUUUGUCUGAGCAGCACUAGUGUUCUCUGUUACAACAGCUCAUGCUAGAAAAGGUGCUUCAAGCACCGGUGAGGCUCGAUUAACUUAAGUAUUCAUGUAAUAAUAGUAAUAUUAACAUUAAACACAGUUUGCAGCUUAUGGUGGAAAAAUCCAGAUUUUUUUUCUGCACAUUUUUCUCAAUCUGAAUGAUUUGACAUUGACCCGAUAUGAUACUGGAUCAGGCUAACGCGGGUUAUGAAAAUAAUGCUUAGAUAUGAUAUAAACAGGAAAAGUCAUUAUAUUAAUGGUAGAUGUCCUGUAUUGUGUGUAUGUGUGUUUACCUGCUUUGGUAAAAAUAAGUUAUUGUACAUUUAAUCCGGUCAAAGGAACGUUUGACUCUAAUCUGCAAACCGUGUUUCUGCUAAUAGAAGUUUGUACAUGAACAACAUGCACGAAAGAUUUUUAAACAAAAAAGCUCAAUAUUUAUCAUCGUAAAACUUUACAUUCUCAGAUGUAUGAAUGACUUAAUUUUAUAUAAUUACGUCUGAGCGAGGGUGCGUGUGUGCCUGAUGCAUGGAAGGCCUGCUGUGUUGUGAACUCGACCUCUGAAACACUGAGCUGCCAGUGACCUGUCAAUGUGUGACUCUUUUUACUGAACUAUUUAUUUCCCAUAACCAUCGAAAGUAAAUUUGAACUGUUUCAUAA